AAUUUGACCGUAUAACGAGUUUAAUGUAGCGUAAUCUCAUCAGUUAGAGAGCCACGAGGACGCGGCGCAGGGCUGAGCUUCCUUCAAGUACUUCUACCCACAUGCUGCUCCGCUCCGCCGCUAAAACUCCGCCAACGUUUGACUCACUCCGUGGCAGAGUAUCCAGGAUUUCCACUUGUCAUUCCACGACACCGACAACUAAGUACACCCCCCCCAUUCAGCUAAAAUGUCCAAGCUGGACCAGGUCCUAAUCCUCGACCCUCCCUGCGACCUCAGAUUUAAAGGUCCUUUCACAGAUGUAGUCACCGCCAACCUCAAACUGAAGAAUCCUUCUGACAGAAGAGUAUGUUUCAAAGUGAAGACGACAGCACCUCGCAGGUACUGCGUACGGCCAAACAGUGGUGUCAUUGAUCCAGGAGCAGCUGUCAACAUCUCUGUUAUGCUACAACCCUUUGACUAUGACCCCAACGAGAAAAGUAAACACAAAUUUAUGGUGCAGACGAUUUUCGCCCCAUCGAACAAUUCUGACAAUGACUCCCUGUGGAAAGACGCAAAACCCGACGAUCUCAUGGAUUCCAAGCUGAGAUGUGUCUUUGAGAUGCCUUCUGAGAACGAAGUGAAUGACGUGGAAGUGACAAGAGCAGCCCCAGUGAUAAACUCUAUGAAGACUGAGCCAACGGUUCCUGCUGCUGCAGCAGACGACACAGAGAUGAAGAAACUGCAGGACAAGUGCAAGAGGCUGCAGGCGGAGAUAAACAAGCUCAACGAUGAGAACAGGCAGCUGAAGGAGGAUACAGUAAGGAUGAGAAAGAUGCCUCCCCGCUCAGACCACAUGACGUCUAACUCAACCAGCGUUGUCGGCCGAGAAACCAGCGCCGCCUUCCUGCCCUCCCUCCUUGUCGUCAUAGCUGCCAUCUUCAUUGGAUUUUUCUUCGGAAAGUUCAUCUUGUAGACUGGUAUCGUGUGUGCCGGCCAUAUCCCUCUGCUCCGGC